UUACUACCAUGACGGAAAUCAUAUGGCACAACUAAAUUAUCAUAAAGCAAAUUAUUUUAAUCAGCAAAACUUUUGAAACAAUGCUUACAUAAUAAUGGAAUUUUGCCAGUUGAUAAAGUAGAGCAAAUGAAGAGAACAGUAAGCGUUCAAGUAGGAACGAUACGAGUUUGGGACAACGGUGCCUCGGAAACCACAGGCAAAUCAAACCGUCGAAGAUUUAUAAUGUACUAGCUUUCUGCGGUCUCGCCAAUUGAUUUUAUUUUAUGGUCAAUUCUUCCCAGUCCACUUACCGUACAAAUGUUUUAACAGGGCCGUGCAUUUUAUGGGUUACGUGCCGACAAAGUCUGGCAGAAAGCGAUAUGGUCGUUAACACAGGAUAAAACUCGAGAUGAAUUUUUAUCGGCGUUCUCUUGGACAGUUUCACAUUUCAUGGACAUUACCGACUUUCUCAACUUUUUGUCAAGAAUUGUUUCUAUUUAAUCGUGUCUUUUCUCGAUUUCCAGGCUUUAGCAGAGUUUGGAGGAGAACUGGGAAGUUUCUGUGCUAUAGAUCAAGAUUGUACUGUGCAGAAUAGCAGGUGCAAUCAUGGAACCUGCGCCUGCUUACCUUACUACGCCAACUACAACAACACGCAAUGUUUGCAAUCAACUCUUAUGGGCUCCCCUUGCAUCAUUUCUGAGCAGUGUUGGCAAAAGGUAGCAAACAGCGUCUGUCACGCCGGCGUCUGCAGAUGCAGCAAAGGAUAUCUUCAGUACAGAAGGCAUACCUGCGUGCCGCCUGCGCGGGUCGGGGAGGUUUGCUACAGCAACACGCACUGCAAGAUGUGGGACACGGAGUCACAAUGCGAUUUUCUCAUACCGAAACUUUUCGGAAGAUGCGGAUGCAGAGGAAGAGUCAAAGGUGACAGAUGCCUACCAGCGUCUAGGCAGCCUCCUCCGAGGAUUAAGCACAGGCCUCACGCAGCUGAACAGUUGCGUCACGGCGAGGUCUUAUUCCACCCGGUCUCACUUGGGCUGAUCUGUGGCUCGGACGAGCAGUGCAAAGCCGCAGAUCCGAACUCGAUCUGCAGGGACGGUAUUUGUGAUUGCGUCGUCACAAACGGCACCUGCUCUGCUGCAUCAACUGGAUGCCAUAAAGGCACGUUUCAGUGUCGGCGAAGCGGAAAGUGCAUUAGCUGGUACAUGGUCUGCGAUGGGAGGACAGACUGCCCUGGAGGUGAGGACGAAGACUGCAGAGGACACUGUCCAAGGACCGCUUUCAAAUGCGCCAGAUCGAAGCCGCACCAGUGCAUUUCUGCAGGACUCAGGUGCAACGGGAUUCCCGACUGUCCAGCCGGCGAGGACGAAUUCAACUGCAAGGAUUUGGCAAACAGGGGAUGCCCGAGAGGGACGUACAGGUGCAAAGAUGGGACUUGCAUCGGAGGCCACGAGUUCUGCAACGCGGUCCUCAGUUGCCCGGACGGAAGCGACGAACCGGAAGGCGCCUGCCUAGGAAGAGGUCCUGCACAUUUCUGCCCUUUUCGAUGCGCCAACGGACGGUGCAGGUCGACAGCGGUCGCCUGUUCUGGAAGGGACGGAUGUGGCGAUAACUCGGAUGAAAUUAACUGCUCCGUCUGCAAGUGCCCGAAAGCAUGAUCUCCAUUCUCUCAACAUCUCGACGGUUGUAUUUUAUUUUUUAUUAUUUGUAAUUUAAAUU